AUGUGAUAACUUUAUAUGGCGAGCUUAUACAAGCUAACCUUUGGUUAUUUUUCUUUUCUAGAGAGUGAAACAGCUACUAAAAUUAAAAAUAUAACACAGGAGGUGACCGAAGAAAACGUGGAAGAUGUAAGUCAAGAGUUGGACCAGUAUUUAGAGGAGGUUGACGUGUUGGAGCCGGUAGAUGUGGUAGUUACGUCUGUGGCUUUAGAAAAUAUCACAAGUUUGGGUUCAACUAAUGAAAACGUUACAGACGCUGUUGUUAGUAUUGUCGAUGAGGUUGUUGGAACCACAGACCUAAAGGUACCGCCUCAGACAACCGCUAGUAUACUCAAUUCGUUUGAAGGACAGGUGGGUGUGAUUGCAAAUUCUGGUAUGAAUUACACGCAAGUCGAAGAAAACAUCGCGGUGCAAACGCUAAAUCUUCACUCAAAUGCAAUUGAGAGUAGCUUAAAAUUCGUCGUUGCUGAAAAUAGUACAGAUACCCGUGUAUGUGCUGGUAGUAAAUGCAGUGAAAAUGUGGCAUUUUCAAUAGCUUUACCAAAAAGCAUCUUACAGAUUUCUAAAGGCAAAGACGUGAAUAUAAGCUUUGUUAUUUAUAAAACCGACAAGUUGUUUCGUGUUAAAAGUAAGAGCGGCAGAAACACAACAGGGACCGUUUUAGCUGCAACUGUGUACACAAAAGAUGCUCUACCAUCGGUAUUUGAAGAUCCAGUUGAGCUGACAUUCACUGCACCAGAGAAUUCGUCCUCCAAUGAGUACAAGUGUGCUUUCUGGAAUGCAACUCUGAAUGAAUUUGGCAAUUGGUCUUUUGAAGGCUGCAAACUUGCUGGCGUAUCUAAAAACCAACAGAUAACUUGCGAAUGUACCCACUUGACAAACUUUGCAGUCCUAAUUUUUCCAAAUUCUAAUGAAUCUUCAUUUUUGAGCAUUGUCACUUACAUUGGUUGUAGCAUGUCAAUCAUCGGUCUCAUCAUUACUAUAGUAACCGUUCUUGGUAGCAAAUCGAUUCGAGGCCGUCAACCUCAACAAAUAAUGGUUAACCUGUGUUUGUCGAUGUUGUUUCUCUACAUCGUUUUUAUAUUUGGUGUCGAUACUGCUCGACAUGGAAGCAAAGGAUGUAUCACUGUUGCCGUGCUUCUUCACUACUUUUUACUGACGACGAUUGCAUGGACGGCCGUGGAAGCGGCCAAUAUAUACUACCUAAUUAUUGCCGUAUUCAACCAGCCAACUUCGAGGUUCAUGAAAUUCUCGUUAGCACUUGCAUGGGGCUUACCGUGGAUUCCAAUUAUCAUUAUGCUGUCUGUUGAUAAAGAUUUCUACAAUAACGAUAAAUAUUGUUACAUCAACAGUACUGAGAAGGGUGCCCUAAUCGGAGGAAUUGUUGUGCCAGUAAGUGUUAUUAUCUUUGGAAACUGCGUUGUUUUUGGUUUGGUUGUCAGAAAGAUAUUCAAAAACACCCAAGGAAAAAUUGUUGAUCAUUCACACAAAGAGAUUAGAGAGCGGUUUAUCAACGCAGUGGCUAUUUCAUGCUUGCUGGGGCUCACCUGGAUCUUCGGGUUUCUGUCUUUUGAUCACGAUGGUCAGUUGGUGUUUUUGGUUUUGUUCUGCAUCUUCAACACAUUUCAAGGCGUGGCAAUCUUUGUGUUGUUCUGCUUUAUGCGCAAAGAAUGCAAAGACGUGUGGAAGGCAUGGUUCAAGAAGUGCGGAAUUCGGAAACCGAAGUUUUUCCCGAGUCUUCAUACACGUUCCGAGUACACGGUGAACAGUGGGGGAGAGAUGAGUAAUAUCGGCUCAAGUGAAUUUACACAACAAACCAACGCUUCCUUUAAUUCCGAUUCAAGGUUCUAGUAAUCAUAGGCCUAGAUCCUAAAAUAAAUCAUUGAUAUUACUGUUAUGGAAUUAAAGAUAAAUUGUAUUUCAGUACAUCAUAUAUAUUACUUUAAUACUAUCAUUUACAAUAAAUACUCAGAACUGUUUUAUACUCAUAAUUAUCAUGUAUUCCGUAAGAUAGGCAUAUAAAUACCAGCAAAAGAGUAUUUUUGUGAAUCGUUCCCAUCAAUGGUGUAACCAGGGGGGUUUCAGGGUACCUUAGCACCCCCUCCCCUACCUUUAUGUUCAAACGUGAAAAAUAAUAGUAAAUUAAUGGAAAUAAAUGGCAAUUUCAACAUGAAUAAUUAAUAUGACUGUUAUGGAAUUAUAGAUGAAUUUCAAUAUCAUCUGUAUAUUACAUUUAAUACCAUCAUAUAUAAUAUAGACCCAUAAUUAUCAUGUACGCCUAUUCCGUAAGACAGGCAUAUAAAUACCAACACAAAAGUAUUUGUGUAUAUCAUUAUCAUCAAUGGCGUAACCAAGGGGUUUUCUCGAGUUCAAAAAAUAAAAUAUAAAAUAUAUGGUAUAGUCAUAGCUAUCGAUAUGCUCUGUCAGUGUCAGUUUUAUGCCUUGCAUAAAAUUCAGUGAUAAAUGAACCUUCCGGAUCCAAACUUAACAAAAUGACCAACCAGAAUAGGGCCUGGAAUAGGCGCGUGUGACCAUAGUAACAACAUCCACGGGGCGGGGCUUAGCAAAAAGGUAUAUUGCAAGUGUGGGGACACAUCACGAAUAGGUUUGCACACAUUAACGAAUAGGUUGUGUAAAUGUAAAUUUAUGAAUAUAAAGCAAAUUGGGUUAGUAAAUAGGUAGACUAACCAAGACCAUGCUGUAACUAUGACAAUAUAACAUACCUUUAAUGGUAGUGAUGCAAAAAACAUGCUUAGUAAUCAUGGUUUUGUUUAAUUUUUGAAGUAUAGAUAAAUUGUAUUUAUAUCAUCAUAGGCCUAUAUAUUACUUUUAAUACUAUCGUUUAUAAUAAAUACUUAGAACUAUUUUAGACACAUAAUUAUGAUGUAUUCCGUAAGAUAGGCAUAUGAAUACCAGCAUAUGAGUAUUGUGUAUAUCAUUUUCAUAACUGAGCAACCACCUUUUUGUUUAAAGCUGAAACAAAUAUAAAUUGUAAAUUAAUUGAAAUAAAAGGCAGAGUAAGACGUUAACAUUAAUGUAUGGUGUAGUCGUAGCCUCUUCGAUAUGCUCCGUUCUAGUUGCUUGCCUUGUGUAACGUUCAGCGAGGUAAUAUUUUUAUUCAGCAACCCCCUUUUCAAAAUCUUGGAUACACAACUCUGAUCAUAGAUAUCAUUUUUGUGAGCACUAAUAAAUCUGCAGGUCUCCCUCCAAUUAAUUACCACAAGCUCAGUGUUUUAAUUUGGGGUUGCAGAAAGGUUGUCUUUAAUUGGGCCUUUAAUUUUAGAUUUUUUUUAUAAUAGAUACUCAAAAACAUUACUACAAUUACUAUGCAAUGCGUAAGAUAGGCACAUAAAUUAGCUUGAAAUACUUGUGUAUAAAUGUUCAUUUAUAUUUAGACCGAAAAAAUAUGCAGAUAUGCCUACAACUGUAUUUCUAGAAAACGUUCAGAAUUGUUUUAAUAGUUUUCAUGUUCCUGUAUAAAAUCACAAUCUAAUCCCUCGGCGAUCUAAUUCUUAGGGACUAUAAAAAGUGUUUUGAAGAGGCAUGACCAAUGUUUUCAAUUGUUUUUCAAUUUCCAUUGCAUCUUGUAUCCAUUGGCAAAAGGUGCGUGAUGGUACCGUAUCAACAGGGAAAGUGAAUCUCCUCUAUUGCAUUAGAUAACACAAAUUAUUAAUGUUGCACUGUUACGCACCUUUUGCCAAUGGAUACAAGAUGCAAUGGAAAUUGAAAAACAAUUGAAAACAUUGGUCAUGCCUCUUCAAAACACUUUUUAUAGUCCCUAAGAAUUAGAUCGCCGAGGGAUUAGAUUGUGAUUUUAUACAGGAACAUGAAAACUAUUAAAACA